AUGCGGACCAUAAAAGAUUUAUGGUUUAAUAGGCCUGCAUUCACCCAUGUCAACUCGAACAGCACACCUGAGAAGAAUGAAAGCGCCGAACUCGCAACGGAAUCCUCACCCCUCACCGAACCCCCCUCUUCCUUUGUAUUCGAUCAAAUAUCACCAGAAUCCGAACAAGAUGCUGAGGCCCACGUAAACGCGGCGCUGUAUCUGUCAACUCAGGAUACCCUUCUUCAACCUCCUACAUUGCAUCAAAGUUUCCAAAGCAUUGAGUCGGGCACCGGGGUCUCAUCUCUGAACGAGAGCCUCAAUGGAUCUCAGCGCAUCAUGAGGGAUGGCAAAGAGGUAGUCAUCAGCUCUGAUGGAGAAGACACAGACUCGAUAUGCUCGUUGGAGGACCCAAAGAAUCUUUUCGCUCCAAAGUCUAAGAAGGACGAGUUCUCACCGGCCAAAUUCACCACGAAGAUAUCAUCGCCAAAGAAAUACAGACACAACAUUGAUUCUCUCGUUCACGAUGCAGUGGAUGAUAACGAGGUCGAAGCCAGUGUCGCUCGGGCGAGAGCCAAUUAUGUGCAGAAGCAACUGAACGGCAAGGAGCCCAGAAAUGACCCGUCCGGCGCUGCUUUGAAUGAAACCAUGUUGAUCUCAGCGCUUGGCGAGAAUGAAGACGGUGUUGGAGGUCAACGUCUGAUAGGUGCUAUUAGAAGGACUGAUGCUCUUGACCACGGCCGCGCCUGGCCGUUUUUUGAUUGCACACAAACAUUGCCGCCGGCCCCCCAAUUUCCACAGGAUCUGUUCGCACCUGGGACGAGUAUGGAUAUGUUACGGGAAUCAAACACUCGCGAGCGCCAGUUCAUGUCAGGCGAAUUCAUUCAGAUGGCUUUGUCCAAAGGACUUUUGCCGGACGAAUUUGUUUUGUGGAUGUUUCGUUCCAUACCCUAUGAACGUCGAGAGGAAUUGAGCAAUGCUUAUUACCGAAUUAUUAAGAAUAUGGAUGUGGAGCGCCUCAAGUUGCUCAUCCGUCCAGCUGAUAUCAAUGAUCUUUUCUCUCGACUGGGUGCUCGGAGCCAGGCUUUGGAUCCUUCCAAGGAAAUUAUCCCAGUUCCUUCCCAAUAUAUUACACCUGAUUCUGCGUUGAAAGACCAUGUUACCUUUGUUUCAGUCCUGAAAUUACUUAGAGAGACUGCUGGCUUAUUCGCAGAAGACACCCAAGAGCAGGUGGUGCUCCUACUGCUACGUCUUACUCUUGAUGUUUCAUUAACAGCGGAUUCUAUGGUAUCUUCGGAGCUUCAGUGGACCAUCAACGCUGUGUUGGAUCCUGAAAAUUUCCGUGAAACCAGUGCCGAAGAUUCGUUGCAUCGAGUCUGCGCCACUUUCUACGCCACGAUACAUGAUGUUUGCAUCCAGAGUCAAAUUGUGCAUCAUAUCUUACCCACAUCUCCAUGGUUUGCAUUGAUACGAUGUCGCCUGGCCGUUGCGUUUCUGCUACGGAGUCCUAGUCCUCUCACCGAACCCCCUGAAAAGUUGCUUGAUAUCAAACGUAUCACACUGUUACUGCUCCGCGAUGAGCGUUUCCAAGUCAAACGAUUCAAGGGUAUAGCCGACUACGACUGGAGGGAAUUAACUUCACUUACUGCUCUUCUCAACGUCGCGAUUGAUUCGUCUGCGUUGGAGUUAAAUUUCAGCAGUACUCAAACUGAGAAAGACUACGACGUUGCCAUUGACAGGCUGGCAGCUCAGAUCAAGAUGAUAUUCUGCUCUAUUCAGGACUCCGGGGCCUCACAUGUGACACGUACAGUGGCAAAAAGUGAACUCGAGGCCUUGCACUACCGAAUUGUCUAUUCAGUUCGGUCCAAGCCACCGCCGAAAACCACCAUUUUCGAGUCACAUGUAAAGGAGAGAGAUGGUAACAUUCGGAGCCAUUUCAGCAAUUUUGCUGCGCUUGCUGCUGGAAAGCAAAAUCCCGAGACCAGGCAAGAAACGAAUCCGUCUGCGGCGCCAGGCGACGCGGGUAAUGGUGACACAGAGAUUCCCAUCCGCGCGCAUGAUCCGGUAUCCUGA